GGGGUGAGUCCUCGCUAGUGUGCAGGGUCUCUGCCAGGUGCAUCUGCUCCACCGGUCCUGGGACCUUGGACCAGAGCUAGGAAAAGACAGGGAAGGAAGGGAACUAUGCGGGUGGCGCCGGGAUGGCUCACUGGUCUCUUUCUCAGGGGUCGCCGGACGCUGAGCCUCGUGCCUUGGGCCCCGCGGGGCUUGCCCCCUCCAGUCGGAGCCCGGGGCAAGAAUGGAGUGGCGGAAGAGGACGAGCUAGAUAGACCCAUCCUCUUUUCCUCCAGCAAGGCGAAUCCUCGCCGCUGGACUGUGGAGCACUCCCUGGGCAGCGAUCGUCGUCGACCCUGGUGGAAGGUCGUACCCUUGAGCUUCUCUCUUAUGGUGCUGAUCUCUUGGUGCUUCUUGAGGAAGGAGACGGACCUCGAUCGGUGGCUGACUGAGAGCUUGGAAGGGGUGUCGCCAGAAGCAGAUGUGGAUUCUAAGCAGCCUGGAAGCCCGGCUGGUCUGGGGAUUAGGACUUAAUUAAAGGCGUUCCAGGGACUACCUCUGGCACUGAAUUCCUGUUUGACUUUUGGCAAGCCACUUCCCCAUUUAGGCCUCGAUUUUCUCUUUUGUAAAAUGAAGGGAUUGGAGUAAGGGAAUUAUCAAAUCCCCAUCAACUCUUUCAGCCACUCGAGGAAGCAAAUACUGACCUAAAUUUUUUAACCUCUUUGUUUUUCUUUUCGGGUUAUCAGCUGUGUUUAGUCUUAAUCCUGGAAUUUCAGCCUAGUGAGACAUGCUCAAUGCUGCCAGAAACAGAAGUGUAUUAGAAUGCAGAAUCAGUGACAGCACCAGACCAUCAGCCGAAGAAAGAAAUUGCAGUUUGACUCACCUAAGUUUCCCAAUUAACCUUUUGAAAGGGUUUCUUAGGCCCUUUAGAAAUGUUGGUAUUAUUCUAGCAAUUAAACAGGUGUUUGGAAAGCUUAGGGGCACAAAGUACAGUGCAGAGUUGCAUUCAUUUGCAUGAACAAAACAAUGUAAAAAUAAAUGUUACUUCUGUAGCAUUGAAAUAAAGUAAUUUGCCUUUGGGUGAUGUUUUUAUGUGCACCCUCUUAAGAAAACAAAGAUGUUUAAGUUCAUUUCAACUGCACUGAUGAGUUUCCUGUAUCUUCUUAGGGAAGAAAUUUAAUUCAGUUCUUAAUUGUGAAAUUCAUUAAAUGUACAGUAAAGGUUCUGCUAACUCUUAAUUUUGGUAAAGCAGUGAUGGAUCAAACAUAAGUACAUAUUAAGCUCUAACUAUAUGCCAGGCAAGUAUAUCUAAGAAGUUUCAAAGAAACAUAGAAUUUGAGGGUUGGAAGUGAUCUGAGGGCCUUUUAUUGCAAACCAUACCUAGAGAGAAAGUUUAUAAGUCUCUGGUUAGGUAGUUAUUAUAAAUAUCUGACAGUGUUUUGAAGUUUGCAAAGUGUAAUAAGGUUCUUGACCCUAUUUAAUCUGCAAAGGUACCCUGUGAAGUAGUGUUAAGUAGUGUGGGUGUUAGCUCCAUCUUAGAGAUGAAGUGUUAUUGUCAGGAACCUGGCAGAUGAAUGGGGGAAAUGGGAACAAAUACCCAUUUAUAUGGUGCCUAUUAGUGUCAGGCACUAUGCUAAGCACUUCUUACAAAUACUACUCAUUUCAUACAAUAACCUGCGCUAGUAUUCCCAUUUUUACAGGCGAGGAAACUUAAGAAAACAGUGGUUAAGAGACUCAUCCAAAGCCACAGCUUAUUAAGUGUCCUAAGUUGGGUCUGAACUCCAUUCUUCCUAACUCUAGGCUCAGGUGUUCUAUUUACUAGACUAGACUAUCAGCUUCCUCUGAAUCAGUUUAUUCCAAGUUGUUUCUUACUGGGGAAAACAUAGCUGAAGUAGUUGUACUUGAUUCUGGAUUAAAAAUUAAUGUUCAAAAGGAACAUUCAAUUUUAAUGUACUUAAAAGGUUUAUUCUUCCCUGUGCAUCUACUGCAAAUAAUAACUAGUAUUUAUAUAGCCCUUUAAAGUUUCCAAAGUGCACUUUACACAUAUCUCAUUUUAGCCUCCUUUCAACCAUAGAAGGGAGGAACUAUUAUCAUCCCUAUUUUACAGAGGAGGAAACGAGGCAGCUGGAUUGUGUUUUGUCCAGGGUCACAUAGCUAGUGAGUGUCUGAGGCUGAUUUGAACUCCGAACGAAUCAACUCUGGGUCCAUUGCUCUCUCUACUAUAUCAUCAGCCACCUCUAGUACAUAAAGAUAUCAUCCAAAGGCAAAUUAUAUACAUAUAGUAAAGAUGCCAGCAUAAAAAAUAAAGGAACAGUAAGUUUCAUUA